CAGCCAGCCUUAUGUCAUCUGAGACAUGUGGUGCCACAGAUACCACAAAAAAAGCCCAAGUAAAAAACAACUCAGGUGUGACACCGGCUGGACAGUGUGGGGCCUGGGUAAAGGAGCCAGAUGGGGGGUAUUUUACUUCACCCAAUUACCCGGAGAAAUAUCCCCCUGAGAAGGAAUGCAUCUACAUUAUAGAAGCCUCACCCCGACAGUGCAUCGACCUAUUCUUUGAUGAGAGGUACGCCAUCGAGCCAUCCUGGGAGUGCAGGUUUGACCACAUUGAAGUCCGUGAUGGUCCUUUCGGUUUCUCACCCAUCAUUGGUCGCUACUGCGGGGAAGAAAUCCCUUCCUACAUCCGCUCCAGCGGGAGGUACCUAUACAUUAAGUUUGUGGCUGAUGGUGAACUGGAGGCCACUGGUUUUUCCGCCCGGUAUAACUUCACACAAGAUCCUGAGUUUAAAGAUCUUGGGGUGCUGCCAGCUCUGCCAGUUUGUGAAUUUGAUCUGAGUGGACCUGAGGGUUUUGUGGAAUCUGCACAAAUAGCCAGGGAAGGCCGGGCACUACAAACGGAAGCAGUGGACUGCAGGUGGUACAUCAGGGCCCCACCAAAAUCUAAGAUCUACAUGCGCUUUCUGGAGUAUGAAAUGCACAACUCAAAUGAGUGCAAGCGUAACUUUGUGGGCAUCUAUGAUGGCAGCAGCUCAGUGGAGCACCUGAAGAAUAAGUUCUGCUCCACGGUGGCCAACGAUGUCAUGCUGGUGUCCUCUUUGGGAGUAGUGAGGAUGUGGGCAGACGAGGGGAGCAGGAAGAGCAGAUUCAAGAUUCUCUUCACAACUUUCCAUGAACCUCCAUGUCAAGGAGACACUUUCUUCUGUCAUAGCAACAUGUGCAUCAACAACACCCUGGUCUGCAACGGAGUCCAGAACUGUGUUUACCCAUGGGACGAGAAUCGCUGCAAAGAGAAGAGAAAACCCAGUAUCCUGGACACACUGGACAACACUAACCUCACCAUCAUCGGAGUAACCUGUGGUCUGGUUGUCAUCCUGCUCAUCAUAUCGAUCAUCAUUCAGGUCAAACAGCCACGCAAGAAAUACGUAGUUCGCAGAGAUGACUUUGACCCUGCUCUCCUCCACCCUGGUUUUGAGCCUCCUCAUUAUGAGCUGUGCACUCUUCGCCGGGCCCCUUCUGGUGACCUGACUGAUGCUGCUCUGGCAGAGGACUUUGAGAAGUUCCACAAACUCAGACGCUCUGAAAGCAAAUGCAUCCGUGACCACCACUGUGGCUCUCAUCAGGGAAGCGUGCAUGGCAGCAUCCACGGUAGCCGCAGCAACCUGAGCAUAAGGGAUGCCACAAUUGCGCCUGACGGAGGGGCUCUCGUGCCUCCGAUGUCACCAAUGAUGGUGAGCCAGAUGUCGCCACACCUCUCUCACCACAACACACCUGCAGGUCGACGGAGCAUCCUGGUGAUGAAGCACAGCUACUCACAGGAUGGAGCAGAGGGCUACAGGGGGGAGGAUGAUGAGGAUGAUUUGAUGACGGAUGCUGGUCACACCAACAACCAGCAUUAUAUGCACCACCAUCAGAUUCCUCAUGGCUUUUCAGGGCUGGACCACACUGUCCAUCGUACAUUGUCUAAUGACUUCUAACUUACCACGAAGUAACAUACAAACACAUUUUUUCUUUUUAAUCAGCACCUAAAUGGAAAUGCAUUGCAACUGAUGAGACAAACGAUGGUAGAUAAAAGAAAUUGCAUAAAAAUUUAUUUUUUUGAAGA